GUAGUCCCGACGUGAACGUUAUUGUUGCACAACUUGCAAUUGCAUAUUUACUGUCUUUUUUCCGUCACGCAAAGUCGAUAGAAUCACGUUUAGGUUAGAAAAUGGCGAAAUUGAGACGUAUGGCUUGGGGUCUUUCAUCCAAUUUUGCAUCUAAUCGUUACUUCUCUCGUUUGUUAACUGUACCAUGGUGCAAUGUCCACACGGCUUCGUCACUUAAUGGAAUCUCUACGAAUUCUGCUGUUGACACCGAUACUGCAUUGAUUAUUAGCGAUAGCUGUGCGAAACGUCUCAAAGAAAUAGCGAAAGAAAGUGCAUGUUUGAGGGUUACCGUAGAAGGUGGAGGCUGUUCUGGAUUUCAGUAUAAAUUUGAUUUGGAUUCAAGCAUAAAUGAAGACGACAAAAUAUUUCAGAAGGAUGGUGCUAAAGUGAUUAUAGAUUCAACGUCUUUAGAAUAUAUCAAAGGGGCUACUAUAGAAUAUCAUACAGAGUUAAUACGUUCUGCAUUUAGGAUCAUUAAUAAUCCUUUGGCAGAACAGGGAUGUAGUUGCGGUGCUAGUUUUUCUAUCAAAAUCAAUUAAUUUCCUUACUACCAAUUUUUUAACUGUACGUUUAUAGGGAACUACUUUAGAUAUAUAAUAUUUAUAAAUUUCUGCUACUUUAGGAUUGGCCUUUUUUUCUUUCGAUUGAAUAUUAUAUAUAUAUAUAUAUAUAUAUAUCGGUAUUCACAAAAUAAGAAACUUAUGUACAAACAAAUUGUAAAUAUAAGCAUUAUGAAAUGUUGUAAGUUAAGUGUUUCGAAUAGCAAUGCCAGAUAAGAUUAGA